AUGUGUGAACCGGAUGUGCAUUCAGAUUAUUUGGUGCACUGUCAAGGAUCCAUCGAUGGUUCAUUAUGUGAAGGAAAUAAAACGUGUUUCAUUGAAGUUUCCAGUCGAAAUUAUAUACAAUGUAGUGGUGGAACCUAUGCACCGACAUACUUUUUUGUGAAAUAUACUUGUACACAAAUUCAUACGAUGUGUGUGGACAAUGAACCAAUUCGAAAUACACUCUAUGGUUUCAUUGUUUCACCAGCUUAUCCACAUCCCAUGGCUGAUAAUCUCAAAUGCUCAAUUAAUAUUGAAGCCGAUCCAUCGAUGUAUAUUGAAUUAUCUCCAGUUCAUAUAAGUUUGCUGGAUACUUAUAAAUGUCGGUCUGAUUACUUGGAAAUUUUUGGAUAUUUAAAUUCGAUAUCAACAAAUUUGCCAUCAGAUAAAUCUAACGUCGAAAGAAACUCACUUCCAGUAUGGAAAUCCUAUCAUACAUGGUGUGGUGCUGAUCGGUCACCAUAUACUCCAACACCGAAUACGCGCUAUCUAAUCUCAUCGAAUUCUUUGUAUAUGUCAUUGCAAACAUCAGCAUCAAAACGACCGCGAUAUUUCAAAAUUCGAUAUAAAGUCGUGCCAUCAAUUGCACGUGCACAAUAUGAUGCUGAUGGAAUUGCAAUAGAUUCUUCCUCGGAACCAUCGAUAUCUUCCAUGAUGACAAGCACAACAUCGGCGACGAUUCCGUUAACAACUAUUGUUGUUCCGACCGUUGAAGAGAAUACUAAUCGAACAUCAAAUGAAACAACUGCGAAACGCACAUACAAGAAAGAAAUUAUUAUUGGCACUAUUGCCGGUGUAUUCGUGCUUGUAAUUGCUAUCCUUGUGGGUGUCGGUAUAUUUCUCUUUAUUAAACGACGACAAACCAGAGCACCAGGAGCAAAAUCGACGACGUUAGCGGUAGCGUCAUCAGGAACAAACGCUGGAAAGAAAAAUGCUUCAUCGCCACCAUCUUUUAACAGUGUAGCGUCAAAACCAGGUGCGAAAUCAUUGGAUAAAGCUCCAUUGCUUCAACAAACAGCAGCAACUACUACCAACACAUCGAAACCUACACCAGCACCAGCAGCAAAACCAAAGUUAAUACCGGAAAGAACAGUUAACCUCUCCGAUGUGAAUACAUCGCGAUUUAAAUCUCAUACGAUGUCGACAACAACCGCACCAGCGGCAACAACAACAACAGCAGCAGCCAGUGGCUUGUCGACGACUGUUAAAGAUACUACUUUAGGACACACAGAAGUAGUGACAACAGCAUCAGCACCUGCUGUACUCAAACCUGCGUUGACAGUGGCUGAUAGUGGUAUUUACGGUGCUGAUUUCAGUGAUGAUCCACCAUCCGUAGUAACGAAACCAACAGAACCAACGAAGAUCUAUGGCAUCGAUUUACCUGAUAAAUCUGAGAACAAUCCGCCUGCAUCGUCAUUACCUAUUCCUCUAACUGUUGUUGUUAAUCCACUCAGUGACGGUUCUUCAUCCACUCCGGCGAAUACAACGACAUCUCCUAUUGUUAUUCCAAAUCAUAUUUCAAUGAACUCUCUAGCUGAAGAAAGAGAAGGUCUAUUAACUCCUCUGUUACACGAUGAACAUCUUGAUGAAACAGUCAAAAGUGCCUAUUUGAGUCUAAUUGAUGCAACUAUGAGCGAAAACGAAGGCACAGUUUGUGGUGGAUCAUUAGUAAGUAGUGCAUCUCAAUCGCGUCGAACUUCAAACGUUAAACAACCUCUACUAUCCCAUGGCCCAAAUAACUUCGAAGGUAUUUCGCGUAAAACGACACAAUUCAACCCGUUACAUGUUAUCUUAAAGAAGGACGCCAAUAAAUAUUACACAACCGAGUAUAUUUAA